AUGGGAAAGCGAAAGCGGUCCGGAAAGGCGGCGGCGGCAGCGGCCAGUAGCGGCAGCUCACAUCCGCCUCUGGCCAAGCGGCCCCGCGUCGACUCUUCCGGCGAAGCUGUGCUGGAGAAGGAGAUUCGUCCGGGCAGCGGCAAUGCUGACGAGGCCGAGAAGGACGCGCUGUUGGCUGAUCGCUCAGUCUUUGCGGCCGAUCUCUCGCGCGCCGACCACGACCGCGAACGCCGCCUCUACAAGCUGCUGGGCAGCCCCGACAUGGACGACCGCUUGCGUGCGGCCGACGUCAUCGUGUCCGCUCUCGCCGGCGUGUCCGAGCCCGUUCUCCUGCGCCACAUUGAGCGUCGUCUGAUGCGCGGCCUUGCCAGCGGUAGUGAGGCCUCACGCAUCGGCUUCAGCUAUGUGCUGUCGGAGCUGCUGGGACAACUGCUCGGCAGCAGCAGCAGCAGCACGGAUGCAUAUCCCAACCUGACAUUUGACCGGCUACUCGACCUGCUUCUCGAAAAGACCCGUCCUGGGACCAACGUUCCCGGCCAGGAAGAGCGCGAUCACUACUGGGGCCAGCUGUUCGGCCUGCAGAGCUUCGUCGAGUCGGGGGCACUGUUCGGCAGCGGCUCGUCUGGCCGCUGGGAUCGCGUGCUGCGCUGUCUGCUGCAGCUCGGCCAGAAAAAGAUCUGGCUGCGGCCUCAGGCCUGCUUCGUCGUCGUCCAGGCCAUCCGGCGCAGCCACCUGCCCGACCAGGCCGCCGUUGUCGCCACCCUGGAGUCCAUUGCCCGUGGCGGCGAGGGCGAGACGGCCGGCCACUCCGACCUCCCUUCCGAUCUGGCCAAGACGCCAGAGGGCCUCGGCAUCUGGCUGGCUGCCCUCGAGCGUUUCCCCGAUAUGGCGUUGCCGGCGCCCUGGAAGACGCCGCUGGCACCAGGCGCACAUCGGGAGCUUGUAGCCGUGCUGCGCAGCAGCGGCGCCAGUGGCGGCGGCGAUGGCGACGAGCCCAAAACCGCAAAGCAGACGGCCGCAAAGCAAGGCAACGCAUCGGCCCAGCUGCACUUUGUGUGGGACCUUCUGCUGCAGGCAACUCUGCGCCAGGCACCCAAGCAGUUUGACGCUUUUUGGGUGGCCGUGGUGGACCAGGUGUACUUCCCCAAGGGAGCAUCCGACCACCAGAAGCUCACGGGCUUCAAGGUCUUCCAGCGAGCGCUCUCUCUGUGUGCUGACGCCGGCGACAUGCGUCCCGUCUUGUUCAGCAGCAAUCUCGUUGCCUGUCUGGUCAACCAGGCGUCUCACACCACGCCGCGGCUGCACCGUGCCGCCGUCCAGGUGCUGCGUGCCAUUGAGUGCCAGGUGGAGGACCGUCCGGCCGUGCUUGUGUCUGUGGUCGCCGCGCUGCUGGGCUGUGUUCCUGGGGCACAUGGUUUCUUUGAUCUGGAUGAGCGCGUCAAGGGCACCGGUGACGGCACAAAGCCCGUAGAACGCAUCCUGCGCUUUGUCGGCGUUGACGCUGUUGACGAGGUCGUCCACACGUUGCGUGAAGGUGCUUUGCGGGCACCAGAUGCAAAUGCCGACCAAAAGCCGCUUCGUAUCUAUGCAGAGUAUCUGUUCCGUCUGGUCAGCCGGACAAACAACAGCACGGCUACCGACAACGACUCGGAUGAAGGCCAUGAGGAUGGCCACGUGUCUGUCGGCGGUGUCGCAUUCCAAUCCCUUGCCGAGAUUGCCUAUCCGAGCAGCAAGACCAAGCUGGUAAAGAAGGCAUCCAACUUCUCUUCCUCUUCUUCUUCCUCUCCCGCUCCUCUGCCCAGCCUCAACGAGAAGACACAGACGGCCAGCCGCACGUACCUUUUGUCAGCCGCCGGCGCCCUGCUGAAGAAGACGGACGACUUUACUAGCUUUUGCCGCACUGUCCUCUCCAUCGAGCCCGCGGCGGCCGGGUCUGCCAUGAGCGACGAGAUUCAGGCGCAGGUCAUCGAUGUGAGGCAGCAGCUAAAACUCUUGCUGCGGGAUGACGGAGACAAGACGACAGCGGCCAGCGCCCGGGCCCGUCAAGGUCUGGCCGUGUUGCUCUCUGUAUCUCUGCUCCAGCUAUACCACGAGCCGCGACCUGACGCGCUCGAAGUGCUGCAGGACAUCAAGGCUUGUGGCGACAAGUUGGCAGCCCUGGAGAGCAGCCAGGCAGAGGCCAAGAAGAAGGCCAAGAAGGCGAAGAAGGACAAGACGGACACCAACGAUGCGACUGCUGACGAACCCGACAUUGGCGAGGUCCUCAUCGAGGUUCUUCUGGCCAUGCUGGCCGACUCGUCGCAGCUGACACGCCAGGCGUCGCUGCAGGUCUUUGAGGCCUUUGCUCCGUACAUGUCGGCCCGCGCGCUCGACAAUCUGACUGAGGUGUUGGUGGCCGAGGAGAACACGUCUGGCUACCGGGCUCUCUUCAACCAGGAGGGUGAGGAUGACGAAGACGAGGACGAAGACGGAGACGACAGCGAUAUCGAGAUGGACAGCGAUGUCGAGAUCACGCAAGUUGGGGCGGGCGAAGACAGCGCAUCGGACGACAGCGAUGACGAGUCUUCGGACUCGGACUCGGGUUCUUCUGAUAGUGACAGCGAGAGCGAGAGUGAUGGUGAUGAUGACGACGACGACGACAACGGCAAUGACGGCAAGACGAAAGCGGCUGAGGCCGAGGCCAACGCGCUGGAAGUGGCGCUGAUGAAGACGUUCAAGACCAAGAAGCUCGCGCUCGGCAAGGUCCAGGACGAUGACGGUGACGACAGCGACUCGUCGGCCGAGUCGGACAUGAGCGACGACGCGAUGCUGGCUCUCGACGGCCAUCUGGCCGGCCACAUGAAGCUGAUCAAGAGCAGGACCGAGGGUCGCAAGAAGGAGCGCGACGACUCGCGCAAGCGCGUUGUGGCCUUUAAGCACCGUGUGCUGGACCUGCUGGAGGUCUACAUCAAGCGCGCUGCCGUGCUGCUGAGCCGGUCGCAGCAGCAACUCGUCUUCCGUCUGCUGGUGCCGCUGGUCGAGCUGGUCCGCGACACCAAGGAGCCGGCGCUGUCGCAAAAGGCCGUGCGGAUUGUGCAGACAGCCCAGCAGCAGCUGAAGCGAGCGCGGGGCACUGUAGAAGGGGAGGGGGAGGAAGAAAAGGGGGAAAAGAAAAAGGAACAAGAUAAGAACCAAAGGGCAAAAGGCCGCUCGGAUACCUUCAAUGUCGAGCUCGCCAUCGAUACCCUCGAGGCCAUUCAUCGCACCACCGAUCGCGCCGACAGCCGGGCCUUUGCCACGGCCGUGUCCGCGGCCAGCCUGGCCAUCGCCUCGGCCGUCUUCGCGGCUGACCGCAAUGCCUACCGCCGCGUGGCUGACGUAUAUCGCCAGACACAAGACCAUUGGGUGCUGGACGGAUGGAACGUGCGUGCGUCGCUGUUUACCGAUUGGUACAACUGGUGCCAGAGCGUGCGGACGCGGCAGUAG